AUGGCCGAGCAAAACCUCCCAAACACCAACGUCACUGAUUUUGAGCGGGCGGAUCGUAUCAACGGGCUCGAGGAGUAUCAGGCGUUGUUGGACUACGUGGAGGACAUCGCCAUGGCUGUGAUCCAAGUUAGAGAGCACCCGGCAUCCGAAGCGGCAAGACAACUCGUGGACAUCUUCUUCGAUGAGUUGUUCAAUAUGAUGCAAAUUUUCAUCGAACUUUUUAAUUGA